UCCGGCGUCUCCGUGUGCGUCAAAAGUCGCGGAUCCAUUUUGCAUCUUGCCUCUUCGUUUAGAGUCAACGAUGCAGGAUGAAGGGCAACAGCUACCAGGUUGCCAUCCUCAGUGAGGGGGUCCCUAUUCCCGAGUAUGGUCUAGCAUCAGACCGAGAGCUAUAUCGUUGCUAUAUACCCAGUGAAGUUGGGAAGCGAUUCAUCGUGGACGUCGUCAAUCUCUUUCCUGAUUAUGAUAUAGAGGCGCGAAUCUUUAUUGAUGGUCGACUUCUCGCGAGGACGGCUGUCAAGCGAAUGAGCCACAACUGGGCCGAUGGGGCUCAAGUCAAGAAUAAUGUAAUCCGUCCGUUUGUGUUCUCAGAUGUUGUUUUAACAGCAGAUGACGAGACAGUGGCCAAUCCAGAUCAAGUCAACCUGCAGCAUCUUGGGUCUAUAGAAGUCCAUAUUUUGCGGGUCGUUGUACAGGACGAACAGCUCUGGGAUGGCGAGAUGUACUACCAAGAUAUUGGCCCAAUUCACGAACGGUCAAAGAAAGCGGGCGCUCAUCAAGUCUUCAGGCUCGGUGACCAGGAAAUGGCCUCACCCGUAGAAUACGCAACAGUCUCUAGGAUUGAUCAACCACACACUCCCUAUGCCAAAUUCAUAUUCUACUACCGUUCUAAAGAACUUCUCCAAGCCGAGAAUAUCAUCCCGUAUAGCACUAAUAUUCCACCUCUCAAGUCAAUCGAACCCUUUCGUCUACAGAACCCACCACCGUCUAGCGCUUUCAGGAAGCGAACGUCAAUGUCCUUCUUGGACGAUGAUGCCAUAAUGCCUAUCAAGAGGACCCGGUAUGAGUCGCCUGAUGAGAUGCCAAUGAUGGACCAUCCAGAUGUGUACUCUUCACAAGGGCCCUCCACCGUGGCCAUUUCUCAACUGCAAAUUGCCAAACCUCCACCCGGCGAGUCCGAUGAUUCCACUGACAUCCACUCGCUCGAGAGCCAACUAGCUGAGAUGACUAAACAGACCAAGGCCAUUACGGAGAAGAUAGCUGCACUGAAAGCCAGGAAAGCCGCUGAAGCCGCUGCUCAGGCAGAGGCCCAAGUUCACGCUCAAGUUCACGCCCAGGCGCAAGUCCAUGCCCAGGCUCAUGCUCACGCUCAGGCCCAGGCACAAGGGCAAACACCUCCCGCGACAAUGGCCGCGGUUACCAGCCUCCCUCCCUCCUCAUACUUUAGGCGAGACAACUACUACGGAAUGCCCAGCAGCGGACAAGGACAACAACGCUGGCUCCAAUGAUACCCCGGGAUGGUACGUGGUGAGAGAAUAUGGAGAAAUGACAUCGACCUCAUAGGACUUUGGGCUAGUUCCAAGGAAUAUACCUUUGCGAUACCUCUUACGGACAUACCAUGGACUCGGUUGCUGCACUUUCCUUCAACAACACACCGAACACUUUGUGACAUAUGCUAUCGUUCUUCGCUGUGCUAUGUUGUGCAAAAUCUGUUCUAAUACUGUACUCGCCCGCUGCUGCUUGUAAUCAAAUCUAAUCAGGGUUCUUUCUGUGCUGUUUCUCGAAUAAUUGCUUCUUGUCUCUUUUCUCAAACGCGAUUUCCGUGCUCAUAGGAUUCAUGUGACAUUAC